ACGGCUGCCUCCAGCACGCCGCGCGCUGGGCGCUCAGAGCCUCGGGCCCGGCGGGAGCGCAGUUAGAGCCGAUCUCCCGCGCCCCGAGGUUGCUCCUCUCCGAAGUCUCCCGCGGCCCAAGUUCUCCGCGCCCCGAGGUCUCCGCGGCCCGAGGUCUCCGCCCGCACCAUGCGGCUGGGCAGUCCCGGACUGCUCUUCCUGCUCUUCAGCAGCCUUCGAGCCGAUACUCAGGAGAAGGAAGUCCGAGCGAUGGUAGGCAGCGACGUGGAGCUCAGCUGCGCUUGCCCUGAAGGAAGCCGUUUUGAUUUAAAUGACGUUUACGUAUAUUGGCAAACCAGUGAGUCGAAAACCGUGGUGACCUACCACAUCCCGCAGAACAGCUCCUUGGAAAACGUGGACAGCCGCUACCGGAACCGAGCCCUGAUGUCACCAGCCGGCAUGCGGCGGGGCGACUUCUCCCUGCGCUUGUUCAACGUCACCCCCCAGGACGAGCAGAAAUUUCACUGCUUGGUGUUGAGCCAAUCCCUGGGAUUCCAGGAGGUUUUGAGCGUUGUGGUCACACUGCACGUGGCAGCAAACUUCAGCGUGCCCGUCGUCAGCGCCCCCAACGGCCCCUCCCAGGAUGAGCUCACCUUCACAUGUACAUCCAUAAACGGCUACCCCAGGCCCAACGUGUACUGGAUCAAUAAGACGGACAACAGCCUGCUGGACCAGGCUCUGCAGAACGACACCGUCUUCUUGAACACGCGGGGCCUGUAUGACGUGGUCAGCGUGCUGAGGAUCGCGUGGACCCCCAGCGUGAACAUUGGCUGCUGCAUAGAGAACGUGCUUCUGCAGCAGAACCUGACUGUCGGCAGCCAGACAGGAAAUGAAAUCGGAGAGAGAGACAAGAUCACAGAGAAUCCAGUCAGUACCGGCGAGAAGCACGUGGCCACGUGGAGCAUCCUGGCUGUCCCGUGCCUGCUUGUGGCCGUGGCGGUGGCCAUAUUCUUGGUGCUCAGGGGCCGAUGGCUCCAAGGCAGCUAUGCAGGUGUCUGGGCUGUGAGGCCGGAGCCAGAGCUCACUGGUGAGUUUGCCAUGGGAAGCAGCAGGUUCUGGGGGGCCCAGGCGAGGCUUGGCUGCCAGCUGUCUUUCAGAUUUUCAAAAAACUUUCAAAAGGCAAAAGUCCUUUGCCCUGAACAACUGUUGCUCCCGGAGAUGCAGUGAAGCCCUGGAUGGUGCGCACGGCAUUUCCUGCAGCCUCCCCUUGGCAUGGGAUGGCAUCCUGGUGUGCACUUUCUCACACUGCAAUGGGAUUUUCCCAACAUGCACAGAAGCAGAGAGACGAGUGCUGGACCCCUGUGCUCCCAAGCGCCCAGCCCCCACCAGGGUGUCCAGAGCGGGUCCAGGCACCGCCAGCUUCUCUCUGCGGCAGCCACUCCUGCAGCUCUCGGGCGGCUCCCUGUCUCCUGGUGGAGGUUUUUGCCCCUCAGUUCCAGGAGCAACACAGAUGUGGAUUCCUGUCCAAUUUGGGAAAAAUGUCCACACACGGUCACCCACCUGGCAGGAGCCUCUGGCUGCAAGGGGCGCUGAGCUUCGCAGGCAGGCCAGCCGGGCUCCCCGCCAUGGGCCAGGAUCCCCUCUGAGCCCCCUUUGCCACCCAUGAGAAGGGGUUCCCCGGGGACAGUGGGCUCAGGGUGUGCGCAGCCACCACGCUGUGGUGUCACCUGUGGACCCGGGCGAGCUGAUGGCCGACCGCAGAAACGCACUUCCAAGGCCAGGUCAGCGCAUGCAGAUGACGCAGGAACACGGCUUGCUGGAAACAUGGCCGGCCUCUUCCUAUCAGAGCCAGUCGAAGCGCCCUGUACAGGCCGCUGUUUCCGAAGCUUUAAACCCUUUGUUUCCACCAAGCUGAGUCCUAAGAAAACCGACGUCUGCCUGCAGAAUGGAAAGGUGUCCUUCAUGUUCCUCUCUCUCCUUCACUUCCCUUCCAAGGCCAUGUUUGACCAGAGCUCACUGCCCGGAGCGUGGACAGGGCUUCUGUGAGACGCCACCAUGAGAGGCCAGGUGGCAGCUUGAGAAUGGACUCCCAGACUGCAGGGGAGCACUUGGGGCAGCCCCCAGAAGGACCACGGCUGCAUCCCAGGGAGAACUGCUGGCAUUGGCUGUGAUCCUGGAAUGAAGCCCUUUCAAAAGCGUCAUCCACACCAAAGGCGAGUGUCCCCAAGUGAGUGGGCUCCCCGCCGUCACUGCCAGUCACCCACAGGAAGGGACUGGUGAUGGGCUGUCUCCACCCGGAGCGUGCAGGAUUCAGCACCAGGCUCUUCCCAGUACCCAGACCCACUGUGGGUCUUCCCGUGGGAUGUGGGAUCCUGAGACCGAAGGGUGUUUGGUUUAAAAAGAAGACUGGGUGUCCGCUCUUCCAGGACGGCCUCCGUGCUGCUGGCGUCAUGCAAGGCUGUUUGCAGGGCCACGGUCACAGGAGCUCUUCUGCCCUGGACGCUCCCAACCUGCCUCCCGCCCGGAGGCCACAGGACCCACGCAUGUGUGUGCCCACAAGUGUAGACAGCCGUCCACACCGAGGAGCCCCCGAAGUCCCCACUGGGCUUCAAUGUCCUCUGCCACAUUCCCUGGGAGGAACAAUGUCCCUCGGCUGUUCUGGUGAAAAGCCGAGCUGCCGUUGGAAGAGGCAUGGGUGGAGUUUGCCAGAAGAAAGGCGGUGCCAGGGCCGUGUUUGGCCAGCUGCAGAGGCUGCCAGGGCUUUUGGCUCUGCAGCGAGAAAGACACAGCCCUCCAGCAGGCGCAGGCCUGGCAACACGGUCCCCAGAGUCCUGAGCAGCAGUCAGGUGCACGGAGAGGGUAUCACCUGGUGGCCACGGUCCCCCUUCUCACCUCAGCAAUGAUCCCCAAAGUGAGAGGUGGCUCCCCCGGCCCCCACCACCCUCAGCAGCCCCACCCCACUCAACCCUGAGGGUCCCCAGGGUCCAGAUGAAGACCUCUGACCCCAGCGCCAGGCUCCUCGGAGCCCAACAGUCCCAAGGGGGCAGGAGACGGGGUGGCCCAGUGCUGAGGGGUACAGCCCUGGGCCCUGACCAGCCCCGGCACCUGCCAUGCUGGUGCCCAGAAUGAAUCAGCUGCUGACUGUCUCCAGAAGGGCUGGAAAGGAUGCUUUCCAGGGUGCACUCGCCCCAGGGAGAUGGAGUAGACGGCCUGGCCUGGCCCUCGGGACACACUGUCUGCCCCAGGGCUAUGGGCAAACGUCCCUCCUUGUUACUUCCCAGAGUCCCCUGACAUUCCCAGGGUCAGCCAGGACCUGUUAUAGCCCUGGUCACUUGGAACUGACAGCUGUGAGAGGCCUGCACUUCUCAGACCCAGACUUAGAACAAAAGGAGGAGUGAGGACUCAUGGUUACAAUGAGGUUCCAGUACUUGUUACAAGAAAUUGGUUUUCUACAAAAACAGUCCCUACCUGGGCCUUUAAGUGAAUGUGGGAUCCACUCCCGCUUUUAACGUGAAAGCAUUAGAAGAUGUGUGGUGUCUAUAAAAGAACAGUUGUCAUCACCGGGCAUUGAUUGGCAGGGACAAGGAGCUGCUUGGGUGUGGAAAGUUGGGGCGUUGGAAAGUGGGGUGUGGUGCCCAUCUGCAGUGACUGUGAAGUGACUCCAGGACGGACCUACGGGGGCACCCAGAGGUCCUAAGCCCCAGAACUGAGGGUCAUGCAUCACCACUCAGGUGUCCCGGGAGGUGCCCUGGGCCCGGGGACCUCAGAGGCAGGACGGCGACACUAAUGCAGGAGAGGGAGUCUGGCUCCAGCUUUUCCCAUCCGAGGUGAUUUUCCUUCACCGGGGGGGCAGGAAAGAUGCAGGGGCCCCAAAAGCUUCUACCCCUCACGCCUGGGGCACGGGGGACACUUGGAGGCUGCUGUCACCACUGUGCAUCCAAGGCCAUGCCGUCUGUGGGUCAGUGCCUGAGUCUCGCCUCCCUGCUGGUCCCCGAAGCCCCCCAGAAGCCCUGCCUGUCAUGUCGGCAUUUGUGAGACCCGCCCUGUAACGCCUGCCCCUCGCAGCCCGACAUCAGCUUCCUCUUUCUCCCUUGCUGUAGACAGGCUGGAUUCCAGUGUUGUGACAGUCAUCUCCAGAAACCUGACUUAAGACAGUAAGAUGCAAAUUGU